AUGGAAAAUAAUUAAGAAGGAAAUAAUCAUAAUGAAACCGAAGAGGAACAUUAAUAGAAUGAACAAUAGGAGAAUGAAAAAAAUGGUUAAUAAUAAAAUUCAAAUCCUAAACAGCAAGAAAAUUUCCCAUCAAAAUAAAAUAGAGAAUAGCAAAAUAAUAGAUAGCAAUAAGAAGAUAAUCCGGAAAGAGAGGAGGAAUUUGAUGAAGAAGACAUUGAUGCGAAUUCAUUCACUCCUAGAAUGAAGGAUGCAUGCAAAAGAGAAGGAUUUAAGAAGGAGGAUUUAAUAUAAAAGGGGAAAGACCUGAUUAGACAUAUGCUAAAAUAAAAAGAUCCAUCAGGCUAAUUGGCAAACGAGGAUGUUAUAUAAAUGGUAUUCGAUCAUUUUGAGGAAAAACGCCGACUGAAGAUUUAGGUUGUUCGUCAGAUGAGACAAAAAAUUCUUUAGGAAGAAUCAUAAGGAUUAUGGCCAAAUUAGUUGUCAAAUUCAAGUGUCUUCAGAAGCACUUCAUCUUUAGCUGAAAAAAGAGAGAAACUGUUAAGCAGCAUCCGAAAAAGGUAAGAAUUAGAAAUAGAAAAAAUAAUUAAUUCAGAGUAGAAAAUGGAAGAGUUGGCAAGAAAUAAUGCUGAGAAAGAAAAAAGAAUUCAAGAAAAGGAGAAAUAAAGAGAAUUGAAAAUAUAAUGGUAAAAAGAGCAAGCAGAAAAAAAGAGAUUAUAACUUGAAGAAGAAAGAAGAAAGAAGGAAGAAGAUGAAAAGAGAAUUUAAUUAGAGAGAGAGGAAUAAUAUAAAAUUAAGGAUUAAAAAAGGAAAUAAAGAGAAGAAGAAUUAGAGAGAAAGAGAAAAGAAGAAAAUAAAAUUAAGGAAGAGUAAAGAAUUGAAAAAUAAAAAAAGAUUUAGCAAGAUAGGGAAUAAUUUUUAAAUCGUUAAUAAGAAAUAUAAGAUAUUAGAUUAAAGGAACUUUAAGAGAAAGACUUAAGAAGAUCAUAAAAAUUUGAGGACGAAAGGUUAAAAAGAUUAGAGAAGGCAGAGCAAGAGAGAUUAGAAUAGGAAGCUAAAUUAGAAUAGGUUAGAAGAUUAAAUGAAGAGUAAUUAAAUAAAAAGAGAAUAGAAUUUGAGGAAAAACAAAAACAUGUUGAAUAACAAAGACUAUUUUUUGAAAAUCAAUUAUAAGAGAAAAAAAAAUAGAAAGAAAAAGAAGGAGAAAUGAAAUAGGAAGAAAUAAAUAAGGUUAUUAAAUAAAAUGAAGAACAAAUGAGAAAGAAAGUGAUAGAUUAUGAAAAAAAACAAUAGGAAUUACAAUUAAAAAAGAGAAAGCUGGAGGAGGAAUAAAAACUAUAUUAAUUUGAAAAAUAGAAGCAAUUCUAAGAGAAAGAUAGAAAGAUUUAAGAUGUUUUAAUUAGAAAUGAAUAUUAAGCAGAGUAACAUAAAAAGGAACUACUAAAAAAGUUGGAUCAAGCCAAGUUUAAGUGUGAAAGAAUUGAAAAAGAGAAAUAGGAGGAAUUAACUAGAAAACUAGCUUAAGCCUUUAUUAAAGAAUUAGAUAAACAAGAUAAUUUGCAAAGACGCGAAUAAUUGGAUGAACUUAGAAAGGAGUAACUUGAAUAGAGAAUUAAAUAAGAUCUUUUGAAAAGUUAACAAAUUUAGAUGGAAAAAGAGCAUUUAAUCAAAAUGAGUGAAUAAUUAAGAAAGGAGGCAGAGGAGAAGAGACAGUAGUAAUUAUUAGAAAUAGAAAAAGAAAAAAAGAAGAAACAUUCAAUCAAUUCACACAGAAUCAUUACAGAUAUGAGCAAAUCUAAAUUAUCAAAUCGUGCAGGUGAAGAAUGA